AUGGUUUGUAAUGGUCUUUAUGACAACUACUUAAGAGGGCCAUUGCCUUUGGAGGUGUGCCGGAUACCCAAUCUGAGACAUGUCCACCUGGGAGGGAACUUUUUCUCUGGAAGUAUUCCUCCCCAUUAUGGUCGGUGGGAACACCUGGAGUACCUUGCAGUCAAUGGAAGUAUUCCUCCCCAUUAUGAGCUGUAUGUAGGCUUUUACAAUAAUUUUGAUGAUGGAAUUCCUCCCGAGAUAGGGAAGUUGAGAGACCUUUUUAUUCUGGAUAUGCCAUCUUGUGGGUUGUCUGGUCCCAUACCUUCCGAGCUUGGGAAUCUAAAGCAUCUCCAUACAUUGUACCUGUGGCGAAACAAGUUAUCUGGGACUAUUCCUCCAGAGUUGGGAAGCCUCCCGAGCUUGAAAUCCAUGGGUCUUUCACACAACGACUUAACAGGAGAAAUAGCAGAAGAAUUCUCAAAGCUCCAGAAGUUGACUCUGCUACAGCUCAGCUGGAACAUGCUUCAUGGAGGCAUUCCCUCCUUUAUAGGGGACUUGCCCAACCUCCAAUUUUUGUACCUGUGGAAUAAUAAUUUCACUGGAGGGAUUCCAGAGCAGCUCGGAUGGAAUGGUAAAUUGCGGGAGAUCGACCUUUCCUUUAACGAGCUUUCUGGUUUAAUUCCUUUGUGCUUCGGUGCGAGGUUGGAGUUACUGAGACUUGAUUACAACUUGUUGUUUGGCACCAUUCCUGGAGCGCUGGGCAACUGUGUGUCUCUUAUUAAAGUAAUUAUGCGUGAGAAUAAGCUGAAGGGAUCCAUUCCUCCAGAGUUGGGGAACCUGGUGAGCUUGAAGCAUAUGGAUCUUUCACACAAUGAGUUGACAGGAGAAAUCCCAGAAGAAUUCUCAAAGCUCAAGGAGUUAACCGUGAUGUAUCUCUCCAGGAGCAUGCUUCAUGGUGGCAUUCCUAAAGGCUUAGGUACCCUUCCCCAAUUGGUGAAUAUUAGUCUUCGGUAUAACCAUCUGAGUGGCAGGAUAACCAUCUGA